AUGGCGAGCGCUGUAGAACACACGCCGUCGCAUACUCCGCCGGGGACACAAGCCCCGCGCCCGAAGGGCAUCCUCAAGAACUCGUACCGCGGCUCCCCGCCCAUCUCCCCCACCGACAGCCAACACCCCACCACCACCACGCACCCCAACAGCCCCCCCUCCGACCACCACCACCCCCACGCCCCCCUCACCCCGAAAGAAGCCAAAGAACUCACCAUCGCCAACACGCAAUACAACGCCGGCCACCGCCGCUCUUCCUCCUCCUCCCGACCGGGCGUUACCUCCCGCCGCCAGAGCUCCCUCGCCCCCCACGACGGCGGCAACGACGAACCCGGCCAGCGCCUCAAAUGGGACGAGGCCAACCUGUACCUGACCGAGCAGGAGCGCACCAGCACCAUGAAGAUCAACGAGCCCAAGACGCCGUACGCGAAACACUACGAUCCGGCCGAGGAUCCGUCGGAUGCGGAGGAUGGAGAUGAGGAGGGGGAUGUGGCGCCGCCGAUUGACCCCAGCGCGAUCGAUCUUGAUCGUGUGGAUGGGGUGUUGCCGCGCAGCCAGCAGCAGCAGGGGCGGCGGCGGGCGGCGCAUGAGGAGAUCCCGCAGCUGUCGUUGGGGGAGCCGGAGGAGGAGUUGGAUGAGGAUGAGGGGAUGGGGGUGGCGGAGCGGCCGCGGGCGGUGCAUGUGGAUAGUCAUGGGAGUGGGCAUGAUGCGGAUGAGGAGGAGUAUUUGGUGGGGCUGUCGGCGGAGGAGAGGGAGAAGCAUGCGCGGUUUGAGCAGUUGAGGAAGAAGCAUUAUGAGAUGAAGAAUGUGGCGGCGUUGUUGGGGCAUCCCGAGGAGGAGUUGGCCGAGGAGGAGGGGGAUGAGGAUGAGGAUGGGGAGGGAGGGGUGCCCGCUGUACCUGCUGUACCAGCGCUGCCGGGGAAGGUCGCUGCAAGCCCGAAAACUUCACCCGAGAACACAACGACUAAGCACCAGCUGCGGCAGGGGCCCCUCCAAAGGGCUGCCGGCAGCAGUAGCCGGUCAUUCGGCACUGUUCUGCGCCCCACCACCACAACGGCGACGACGACGACGAGAACCCUCGAAGAGCGAUUUGCACAAAUCCGUAUUGUCUCGCCGGCUGCGAUCAAUUCCACCGUGGGAGGGCGGCGAUAUGCAUCGACCAAGUCACAGGGAGCCUACAAGCUCAAGUCCAAGAAGACCAUCCCCAAGAAGAUGGGCGCGAAGAAGACCGGCGACCAGUAUGUGAUUACCGGAAACAUCAUCUACAAGCAGCGCGGUACGAUAUGGCACCCCGGCGAGAACACCAUCAUGGGCCGCGACCACACCAUCCACGCCGCCGUUGCGGGCUACGUCAAAUACUACCGAGACCCCGCCCGCCACCCCAAGCGCCAGUACAUUGGUGUCACUUUCAACCGCGAGGAUAAGCUGCCGUACCCCGUAUCGGCACCGCGCCGGCGCAAGCUGAGCCUCGUGGCCGUGCCCCGGCGAGUUGAGCAGCCCGUCGAGGAGACCACAGCACCCAGCGGCAUUCCCCGCUCAGUAACACGGCACGAAGUGAUUGAGAAGGCGGAGGCGGAGACUCCCGAGGCGGACAAGGCUGCCGAGAAGCCACGAGAGUUUGUUCCUCUGGCGGAUGGCAACUCGAUCGUCGCCAACCUGGUCCGAGACAAGCUCAGGAGCAGGUUCCUGGCCCAGGCCAAGAGGGAGGCACAUAACCGCGAGAAGCAGAAGGAGCUCGACGCGCGCAAGGGCACCCGUGUGUUCCACCUGCAGCCCGACUACAGCUACCGCGAGAGCAACUGGGAGAUCGGCCGGUUGGUGGGCGACGCCGGCUCCGUGCCCGGCGCCAACGAGUCCGAGUCGAGAAAGGCCAAGUUCCGCUUGCGUAGGAGGAAACGCAUGAUGCACUUCAAGGGCAUCAAGAAGCGCAAGGUGGCCAAGGCCGGCCGCCGCGACGAGUACAGGACCAAGGUGCGCGAGAAGAGAGCGUUGAGGCUGGCUCAGCGGGCGGAGGCUGCAGCGGCGGUCAAGGCUUCCCUUGGAAAGGCUGUGGCCGAGGCCACCAAGGUGGCGGGGAGCAAGAAGGCGGAGAACAAAGAUGUCAAGGCCUGA